UUCCACUAACACGAACCUGUCGCCCACCCUCCCUCCGCACUUCUCUCUUUCUCUCUCCUUGCUUGUACCCAGUCAAAAGCGACUCUUCCCUCUUCUGCAAGAGAGAGAUGCAACAGAACAGCAAUCGUUCCCUUCCUCUCUAUACCCCCUUCAAACCCUAGCAAUCCUCGAGAGCAAAAAAAAAUUAAAAAAAAACAUUCUUUUGCCCCAAUCUUUUUUUAUUCUUACUUUGCUUCCGUUGAAAGUUUGGCUUAAAAAUUGGUUUUUUAUUUCUCAAAUGUUGAAGAAGCAAUUUGAUUGGCUUUGAAGAGUCGCCUCGUUCGAUGCUGUUUUUGGAUUGCCCGCAUGCGUGGGGACGUAUCUUUCUCAGACACAGGAGCGGCGGUACAAAUCUGAGAGGAGAUUCGUACUUUAGUCUUCCUCAGGUCUUUCUGUACAGCGCUCGUACGCUUCGUAUUUGUAGUCAGGGGAAUUUUGGGUUUUGAAAUAAAUGAUCAAAUAGUUUAUGAUCCAGAUUUGAAGCCAUUUUGUUGCGGAGAAGUUAGGGUCUGUUGUUGGGAUUGGUGGAGAUGACGAUUCGAAAUUAUUGUCAUCUACUUACGGAUCCUGUCCAGAAGAGAGCGUGUCUAAGCCAUUACUUUCCAAUGGCUAUUUUUUUAUGUGUUUGUUUUCUUGUUGGGAGCCCAUACGUGGUUAAUUACAAGAAAAUAAGAUCCGAAUACGGAAUAGGAAGGCUAAUGCUUAACAGAAAUUCUAGUUUUUGCGAGCAAAAGCAUGGCAAGCCUUCAGGGAGUGAAGCUCUGCCUCAAGGCAUAAUUAGUAAAACAUCAAAUUUAGAAAUGCAGACAAUGGAGUACUCCCUGAGUUCUUCAAGUGGAAUGGGCAAAGUAGAAUCCUCAAAGAGUUUGCUGGCAAUUGCUGUUGGAGUAAAACAAAAGAAAGUUGUGGAUGAAAUUGUUAAAAAGUUCUAUGCAAGUAACUUUGCUGUGAUGCUUUUUCACUAUGAUGGCUCUGUGGAUGAGUGGAGGGACUUAGAUUGGAGUGAUAGUGUCUUACACGUCUCUGCAAUCAAUCAAACAAAAUGGUGGUUUGCCAAGCGUUUCCUGCAUCCAGACAUAGUUGCCGAGUAUAAUUACAUUUUCCUUUGGGAUGAGGAUCUUGGUGUGGAAAAUUUUAAUCCCAAACGGUAUAUAUCAAUCAUUGAAAAAGAAGGGUUGGAAAUAUCACAACCAGCACUGGAUGCUUCUAAAUCUCAGGUGCACUAUCAAAUCACUGUACGUAUGAGGAAAGGAAAAGUGCACAGAAGAACCUACAAAUUCAGCGGUGGUGGGAGGUGUUACAAGAAUAGUACAGAGCCACCAUGCACAGGGUGGGUAGAAAUGAUGGCUCCUGUUUUUUCAAGAGCUGCCUGGCGUUGCGUUUGGCAUAUGAUCCAGAAUGACUUGAUUCAUGCUUGGGGGCUGGAUACAAAGCUUGGAUAUUGUGCUCAGGGUGAUAGAACUAAAAAUGUUGGAGUGGUGGAUGGUGAAUACAUUGUUCACAAGGGCAUUCCUUCACUUGGUGGUGAUAGCAAGACAACAGCUGCUCCCAACUCUUUAUCAGAUGCUUCUGAUGCAAGCAGCCCGGUGCGGUCUGGUUCAAGUGCCAUGAAUGGUCGAUUAGCUAUCCGGAAGAGGUCGUAUACGGAAUUGGAGAUGUUCCAGCGGAGAUGGGAAAAUGCUGCGGCUGCGGAUCACUGUUGGGUUGAUCCAUAUCCAUCCCAUUCAAAGUCAAAGUCUAAUUCUUCGAGUUGACUGCCUCGUAGCCGUUGGAUCGUUUUUACAGGCCCGACGGUAAUCUGUGGAUAUACCAAAAAGUAUAGGGUUUUUGAUUUGUGUACACAUGCAUACAGGAAUGUAGAUUGGGGGUUUUUUUGCAAAGAUGACAAAUACUGAAUUGAUUUUCAUUACAG